UUAUCCCAUGUAGAUAACAGGAGCAGCCACCAACUACAAAUUAGUUGUAUAUUCUCUUAGUAGUAAUAGUCUAACACAUGUCAUACACGCGCAUUAAUUACCGGAAUGAUUAAAACACACAUCUCUUUUAGCAAUAAAGUCAUGGAAUUGAUAAUUGACGGAGACAGAGAGAGUGGUAUGAAUGGCCGCCAAUGUCCCCACUUGUUACAUUCACAUAAAAAUCAUUAUGUUUCUAUGUGUUUUCUGUGUGUUCCAAAAAAGUAUCAGUAAGAAAAAAGUUGCAAAUCAAUCCAAAUAAUUUGAUAUGCCUGAGAGUAUCUGAGUUUAUUAGACUCAUGUACAUUUGAAAUUUGAAAAGUGGUGGACGUGCAAUUUUUACUUCUGGCAUUCUAGGACAGAGUUAUUUGUGUCAGCUAGUACAUAGGAGCUAUUAUAAUAAAUUGGGUUUAGGUUAUCUAGAUACUUUGACAAAAAAUAAGUUCUGUGUGUAGACAUUGUCCCCAAUACAUUUGGUUUACAAUUGGAGUAUCAUAAGUAUAUAUAUAGUUUUGCUAUUGACUACAAAAGUGUGGAAUUUAGCAAUUAUUUUUCUAAAAUACUUUGGCAUGUAAAGUGGUGGAUAAACUACUCCACCAUCGUCAAAGUAUGUUAAAUUACAGUUUCCAAUUUUCAGGAAAAGUUUAUAUUAAGUAAAGAGGAUUAAUAAAGUUUCCAUUGUGUUUAUGUAACCAUCUUUUCAAACUCCUUUUUCUCUUUCAUCUUUCCAUGUUCUGUUUUUUAUAUUAUUGGAUUUUCGUUUUUGUUGUCUUCUGGGUUUAAGCCAUUUCUCUCCAGACCUACUUUCUCCACAGCCUCUACUUUUCAGCUGGUACUGUUUGCUUAACUUUUUGUGUCAUCAUCAACUUUCUUCUUUACCAGUGUGAAUCCUUCUCUUUAGAGGUCCUGGUGUGUACUACUAUCUCUAUAAGAUCUCAGUUUUAUCUCUAGCUCUUUUCUGGGGGUCUUCUUCUCAAGAAUGAGCUGAUUGAUUGAUACUCAAAUUCGCAGAAUAAGAAGAUUUUGUUUAUAACUCACUACUGAGCCAUUGUUGUGAAAGUAGCAUUGGAGAAUGGCAGAACAAAAGAGUAGCAAUGGAGGAAGAGAAGUUGUUAUCAACGUCUCAGGUGAGCUUUCAUCAUCAAAGAUGGCUUCACCAGACUCUGCCAUCAAUAAAACCUCUUCCCCUGAGAUCUCUAAGCUUACUGGUAGCCCUCACAAGCCUCCCAGAUCUCCCAAUCUAAGCAAUACCGGUUUAAUUCAAAGAAAAUCUUUUUCAAGAUCGGUUUACUCCAAACCGAAGUCCCGGUUUGUCGAACCACCUUGCCCCGUAGACACAAGCAACCUAGAGGAGGAAGUCAAAGAACAGCUUGGCGCUCGUUUCUCCUUCAGAAGAGCUUCUCCUAACAACAACUCCACAAGGAGCGUCGGGUCCACAACACCUCUUACUCCAACUAAAGCAGCUGAGGUUGAGAAAGACGAAGACGAAGAGAUCUACAAGAAGGUGAAGCUGAGCAAAGAGAUGCGUAGAAAGAUCAGCUUAUUGACUUUAAUAGAGAUAGCUUUCUUCUUAGCGGUCUUAGCCUCUUUGGUUUGUAGCUUAACCAUCCACGCCCUGAAGAAACACACCUUCUGGGGGCUGGAAGUGUGGAAAUGGUGCGUGCUCGUGAUGGUCACGUUCAGUGGAAUGUUAGUGACGAACUGGUUCAUGCGCUUCGUCGUCUUCCUCAUCGAAACAAACUUUCUCUUAAGAAGAAAAGUGUUGUACUUCGUCCACGGGUUAAAGAAGAGCGUUCAAGUCUUUAUAUGGCUUAGUUUGAUCCUCGUCGCGUGGGUGUUCCUCUUCAACCGCGACGUGGAUCGUUCCCAAGGGGCCACCAAGAUCCUCACUGCUAUCACGAGAACUCUCAUCUCUCUUCUAACCGGAUCAUUCCUCUGGCUGGUAAAAACUCUUUUAUUAAAGAUCCUCGCGGCGAACUUCAACGUGGUUAACUUUUUCGAUAGGAUCCAAGACUCUGUGUUCCAUCAGUACGUCCUCCAGACACUCUCUGGGCCUCCGCUCAUCGAGGAGGCCGAGAGGGUGGGGCGGGAGCCCGGGACGGGGCAUUUGAGUUUCGCUAGCGUGGUGAAGAAGGGAGAGGUUAAGGAGAAGAAAGUGAUCGAUAUGGGGAAGGUUCACAAGAUGAAGCGUGAGAAAGUCUCUGCUUGGACGAUGAGGGUUUUGAUGGAAGCGGUUAGGACUUCGGGGCUGUCUACUAUCUCUGACACGUUGGAUCAGACGGCGGCUUAUGGUGAUGGGAAAGAGAAAGGUGAUAGAGGGGAGAUUACUAGUGAGAUGGAGGCUUUGGCUGCUGCUUACCAUGUCUUUAGAAAUGUUGCUCAGCCUUGCUUCAAUUUCAUAGAGGAGGAAGACUUGCUUAGGUUCAUGAUUAAGGAAGAGGUUGAUCUUGUGUUUCCUUUGUUUGAUGGUGCUGCUGAGACUGGUAAAAUCACUAGAAAAGCUUUCACAGAAUGGGUGGUUAAGGUGUACACUAGCAGGAAAGCUCUAGCGCAUUCCUUAAACGACACAAAAACAGCGGUUAAGCAGUUAAACAAACUUGUGACAGCGAUCUUGAUGGUGGUUACCCUUGUCAUUUGGCUGCUGCUUCUAGAAGUAGCAACCACUAAGGUUUUGCUCUUCUUCUCCACUCAAAUGGUGGCUCUGGCUUUUAUAAUCGGAAACACUUGCAAAAAUCUCUUCGAAUCCAUUAUCUUUGUCUUCGUUAUGCAUCCUUACGAUGUUGGUGAUCGCUGCGUUGUCGACGGUGUCCCGAUGCUGGUUGAAGAAAUGAAUCUGUUAUCUACAGUGUUCUUGAAGCUUGACAACGAGAAAGUGUACUAUCCUAACGCAGUUUUAGCCACGAAACCGAUAAGCAACUACUUCAGAAGUCCUGAUAUGAGUGAAACAGUGGAGUUCUCUAUCGCAUUCUCAACACCAAUCUCAAAGAUCGCACAUCUCAAAGAAAGAAUCGCUGAUUACUUGGAGCAGAAUCCACAUCACUGGUCACCUAUACACACGGUGGUGGUUAAGGAGAUAGAGAACAUGAACAAGCUGAAGAUGGCUCUAUACAGCAACCACACCAUCACGUUUCAGGAAUACAGUGAGAGGAAUAUCAGAAGAACCGAACAGGCUUUGGCUAUUAAGAAAAUAUUGGAGGAUCUUCACAUCGAUUAUAGUCUCCUUCCUCAACAUGUUCAUCUCACCAAGUCCGACAAAAAUUAAAAACCCGGUUUGAUUUUUUUUACUAAACCGUUUUUAAGAUAUUAUUAUCAAACGUUGUGGUGAAUUGUUUUAUGUUAGACUGUUAGAUUAUAUGAUGAAAUCAAUACUGCAAGUUCUAAACUAUUUUUUUUAAUAAGAAUAGAAGAUGAAAUCAGUA